GAAUGAAUAAAAGAGAGAAGAAGAGCAGGAACAGUCAUAUGCUUUAUAGAGUGGGACACAUAUAGAGCUGCUUUGAUAAAGACAUCCACAUGGGCCAGGAUGAGCAAAGAAGGAGCAGUGUGUGUGGAACCCAACACACCUGAGAACCAGCAUCUGGAACUGCUGUGUACAGGGGAGUUGCGUGAGGCUGUAGAUGAGGAGGAUGAGUUCCCACCUCCCAUCCCCUGGCAGAAGAUUGAGGCGCUGGGGCUCGACUGUGAUUACGGCUUACUUUUCUCCCAAGAAGAAGCAAACAGGCUUUUUCUGCAGCUGGAGGACGAGGUGGAGUACUUUACAGGUGAACAAGCGAAGGUGCAGGUGUUUGGGAAGAUGCACAGCGUCCCCCGGAAGCAGGCGACAUAUGGAGAUAAAGGACUGGUGUACUCUUUUUCUGGAGUGCAUCUCGCAGCCAGGGUCUGGACCCCGACCCUGGAAUACAUCCGUAACGCCGUCACCGGUGCCACAGGACACACUUUCAACUUCGUCCUGAUAAACAGGUACAAAGACGGUCAGGAUCACAUCGGGGAACACAGGGACGACGAGCGCGAGCUGGACCCUUCCUGCCCCAUCGCCUCGGUGUCUCUGGGAGCUGCACGGGAUUUCGUGUUCAGGCAUAAAGAUGCUCGCAAGGAGCCAAAGAAAUGUCAGAUAGAACCCGUGAAACUGGAAUUGGCCCACGGGAGUCUUCUUCUCAUGAACCCUCCGACUAACACGUACUGGUACCACAGCCUCCCAGUGCGGAGGAAGGUGAAGACCACGCGCAUUAACCUCACCUUCAGACGCAUUGUUAGGGGUUGCCAGAAAAGGAAAAAGGACUGACUGUCGAGGUGAAUAUAUUAGCGAUCGAUGAGGUCACAUAAGCUAGAAGGUUUAUGAAAAUUGGGGCAAAUGCAGCAACACAAACAUUGUGUAGCUGUGAUUAUCACUCAUAUAUUCAUACUGCAUUAGGACUGGGAUCCCACAUGACCCACAAAAAAGAGAAGAAUGUGAAGUGGAGAGGGUUGUUUUUUUUCACUGGUAGUGUGUUGGACCUUCAACUACAGUCCAGUUAUUCUUAUUCUGGUCAGUUUUAGUAACACAAAAUAUUUUGGUUAAUGGAAAAUAACGAAGCAAAACGGUGCGGAUCAAAAGUAUUGGGACACCUGGCUUCUCCAGCCAAACACUAUUGAUCUCCAUUGGGAGGUUUUCACACUGAUUGCCUGCCUUUACUAACACCCUUGUGGUUGAAUGAAUCUCCACAAGCCCACUCCAAAAUCUAGUGGAACAUCUUCCCAAAAGAGUGGAGGUUAUUAGAAGAGGAAAUGGGGACUAUAUGUGGAAUGGGAUGUUCAAAAAACAAAUCUUAUGGUCAGGUGUCCACAAACCUUUAUCUAUAAAGUGUACAAUAAAUGAACAUGUACAAGUAUGCUAGGGAUAAUGGUAUCUAUCUAUCGGCCUAUCUAUGAUGGAUGGAUGGAUGGAUAUGGUUAAUCCCCACAUACUCUACUAGGAACACAAAAAAAUCUAAUAUUUCAAUCAACGAUCCUUUAAUGGAACCACACGGCAGUUUGAUGGUCUAGUGAACAAAAGACCAGCUUCGAGUUUAUUUAAAGGAAAUGUAAUUUUUUUUUUAUUUCUUUUUUUUAUAUAUAAAAACCAAAAAACUACAUGUGGAAUAAAUAAAAUGAAACACAACCAUA